CCUCUCCUCCUGUUCACAGUCUGGUCUGAGCUGGCUGCAGCCCUUGCUUUACUGAGUGACACAAAUAAUUUGGCUGAUCCAGCACACUCAGCCCUGGGGGGGGGAUCAAAUCAUCUCAGAACGUAUAAAUGGAAGCAGGAAGCUAAUAGGUUCUUUAGUUGCAGGGGUAAGACCGCCGGCUCAAAAGUUUUUAUGCGAAAUAAGCAGAAAGUUUGGAAACAGUAACCAUUGUCUACAACGCAUCUGGAUGGGAUUUGCAGAGGGAAUACAGACAGCUUGCUGCAGGAGUGUGAGCCUUGUGAAUCUGAUACUCCCAACUUAUGAAGCACUUGUAGGAUCCUAAGGAAAGAAAGAGGACAAGGCACUCCCUGCCUAUGGAAAGGAGGUCCAGAAGAAGGGCACACGACUACUUUGGAUGGCCGUUCAGCCUUGUGCACUGUGCUAUAUGACAUGGCCCUGCGGUUGUGGCUCAGAAUGUGUUUGAAGAGGAGGCCUAUUGCGGGGUUUUUCUUCCUGUUUGCCUUUUCUUUGGUGAUAAUUAACAGUUUUCCCGCACUGCCAGCAGACAUAGCUGAAAACAUUGAUUUCCAGCAGAAAAUACAACACAGGAAAAUGGUUCGACACAAACGGCUAUUGGCUGACACUAUGGACUUCAUCCCUAAACUUGCUCAAAAUAAUAACCACAGAAGCUGGGAAUCUGGCCUGCAGAAACACCACCAAGACUUACAGAUACAUACUAACAGCAGCCGCGACUGCAAGGAGAAGAAACGUUUAGAACAGCUUAACAAGCAACCACAAAGGAAAACUAACCAUUAUAAAACCAAAGAUAAAAAGUCUAUGGUCAAAAAACCUUCACAUACUGUAAGAAAUGCCACAGGAAUUAGACCAAAGAAUAUUACACUAGCAGCCAACGUAAAUAAAUUUGUAGAAAGGUUUCCAGAAGAUCAGAUAGGUCUCCAUGCUGGCAAGGAUCUCCAAAACCCGAAACAAAGGAACGUCUUCCCUAAACCUAUUUUGCGUAAGAAUAAGCCAGUACAAACCGUUAAAAGUAAAGUGCGCAUCAAACUUAAAAAUGACACCCCGGUUCUGCCAGAUAUGCAGAAAACAGAUGAACACGUAGUUCCAUUAGAUACGUUUCCAACCUCAUCGAAAGCAGACGCUGUGAAGAAUGGGGAAAGUGCCAGAGAAAACUUGAGCCGUGAAACCGUUUUUUUCCAGGAUACGUCGACAAAACAAAAACCACAUUUGAGAUCAGACUGCUUGAAAUUGAAUUCAAAGCCAGCACCAGUAAAAAGUGAAGGAUUUCUUGAAAAUUCUCCCCCGUGGUUUUCUUCUGAUGAUUUACAGAAGAUGAAGUUAUUGGCAGAGGGUGAGAUCGUUGCAAAGUCCAGGAUUCCUGCACAUGGACAGGUUCUUAAAGUUGCUUUGUGUCAAAGCCAGAUAGAAGACAGUUGCCAGAGAACGAGUCACUGCGCACAGGGGUCCUGUGGAUUAAUCAAAAGACCCAGUGAUCUAUAUGAGGUGUUAGCAUUUCACCUUGAUAGAGUUUUAGGACUGAAUCGCAGUCUUCCAACUGUCGCUCGGAUAUUUACAAGUGACUUACUGCCAUAUAAGUACACAAAUGGUGCUGCAAGGCCAAUUGUAUGGUGGGAUCCAGACAUCAAGCACUUAAAUGACACUAACAAUGACCAGAACUCUCAUGAUGUAGGUUGGUUGGCAUAUCAGGAAAUGCUGAAACACAGAUGUGGUAUGGAAGACUCUGUCACACCUAUUGAUACUCCACCAUGCGUGGGCAUCAAGCACACAGAAUGGGCCAAGUUGGGUUUGUUUGAUUUUCUCCUGCAGGUUCAGGACAGAUUAGACCGUUACUGUUGUGGAUUUAGACCAGACUCUACAGAGCCUUGUGUAGAAGAGCUGCUUCAUGACAAAUGUCGUAACCCAAAGGAACUGAUCUUGGUGCACAUUCUGGUCCGCCAUAGUGACCCUUCUAACUUAGUUUACAUUGACAAUGCUGGGAGACCAAACCACCCUAAGGACAAUCUUAAUUUUAGACUCUUACAAGGGAUUGAUAGGUAUCCUAAAUCCGUAGUGCAACUGCUAAAGACGGGAUGUUUACACGACAUGCUAUUGACAUCAUUGCAGAUGGAUCACAAAUUCUGGGAGAGCCAAGGAGGCUUCCAGGGAGUGAAAGCAUUGGUGGAAACCAUAGUCCAAAGAGGACAGAUUCUAGUGGAAUACAUAGAAAAGAACAAUUUCCUUCUUACUUCUCAAUAAUAUACCUUCAACCACCAGUUAAUUUUCUGUAAAUACUGUGAAUUUUUGGGGGAUUUUCACCUCAUCUGGCUGUUUCCCCCUAGAGACAUAUGAACAAUGUAAAUUGCUCAGAAUGGAAGGAUUACUGACUGGUUUACCUAGUUGUUAUUUUUUUUUUAUUAAUGGUUAUUAAAAGGACAUGUUAAGUGUCUCCUAAGCAGCUUA